GCCCCGGGAGGUCGGGGGCCGGUGGGGCAGGGACUUCUCACCCUGGCUGGGGCUCCGUCGCUGCCCCCGGGCCUCUUUGCAGUUCAGAGGUCUGGGGAGCGGACCACGAAUGCUUGGGAUUUAGGAGUCCCGUGAGGCGCUCUCACCGGUAGCGUGUGCCUGAGGACAGUGUUGCUGCUGUGAAACUGUGUGACGCCUCUGAUCCAUGCACUCGGGAGGCCUAGAGCUCAGAGAAGUUUGAGCCUGUCGCUGGUGAGGGAGUUUCUCGCAGCCUCUAGUCAUGCGUCUCUCCGCCCUGCUGGCCUUCGCAUCAAAAGCCACACUGUCUCCCCACUACCGCUAUGGGAUGAGCCGCCCAGGUUCCCUGGCAGACAAGAGGAAGAACCCUCCGUGGAGCAGGCGGCGCCCAGUGUUGGUGGAGCCCAUCUCUGAUGAAGACUGGCACCUCUUCUGUGGGGACAUGGUGGAAAUCCUGGAAGGCAAGGACUCUGGGAAGCAGGGCAGAGUUGUUCAAGUUAUCCGAGAGCGAAACUGGGUUGUCCUGGAAGGGCUGAACACGCAUUACCGGUACGUGGGAAAGACCAAGUAUCACCGUGGGACCAUGAUCCCUAGCGAAGCCCCCUUGCUCCAUAACCAGGUCAAGCUAGUGGACCCUGUGGACAGGAAACCCACUGACAUCGAGUGGAGAUUUACUGAGGCAGGAGAAAGGGUUCGCGUUUCUAUGAGAUCAGGAAGAAUCAUCCCCAAGCCUGAGUUUCCCAGAAGUGACGGCAUUGUCCCUGAAACAUGGACUGAUGGCCCCAAGGACACAUCAGUGGAAGAUGCUCUAGAGAGAACGUAUGUGCCCCGGCUGAAGACACUGGAGGAAGAGGUGAUGGAGGCAAUGGGGAUUCAGGAGACCCGGAGACACAGAAAAGUCUACUGGUACUGAGCCUGACGUGCAGCCUUGAGGGUUGAGUUCUCGGUUUUUCAGACACCAAUAAAGAGUUCUGAGUCCUGUC